CUUCUCUCUAUCUUCUUCAAGCAUCCAAAUCCCUUGAGGAUGCCACCUCUUCCUCAGUCUCCACUUCCUCUCCGAUGAUUUCGACACUCCAGAUCCUCAUGCCCAUCCAGUUCUCGCCAUCGUCGUCUUUAAAGUUCAUUUUUUUCAUCCGUUUUCUAUCGAUUUCCACACCUUUCUCUCGUUUCUCGCAUGCCUCAACCUGAAAGCAAACUACUUUCUUGAUGCAUUUCUGGUGGGUGUGAGUUCAUCAAUCAUCUACCUGUUCGAGGAACUUCGUCAAUGGCGUUCUCCGCAUUAUUAGUCCACCCCUGUGUUCUUCCUGCUAAACCUAUCUUCGAAUCGCACCCCCUGCAGCACAAGUCAUUACCUUUUGCAUCGUUUGCGUCCAUCCGAGGUCUUGCAUCAUUGUCGACGGCUUUUGAUUCCAACCCUAUGCGUCAACUUCCUCCCAAUUUCACACCAAAAGAUCUCCUUGGCAUCAUUUUCCGGCAGAGAGAUGCAGAAGCUUCUCUUGAUCUUCUUAAUUGGGCGCUAUUGCAAUCACACUUCAGGCCAACGCCUUCUGUUUUCGAAGAAGUCCUUCGACAACUGGGAAAGGUGAGAUCCUUUGAGAAAAUGAAAGCUUUACUAGAAGAGAUGCGACAGGAAGGAUGUGAAAUUAGUCAAAGUACUUUUCAGAUCUUUAUAGAAAGCUACUCGAGAUUUCAACUGUUUGAUGAAGCUGUUGAUGUAGUUGUCAAUGCAAUGGAUGAAUUAGGAGUUGAGGCAGAUACAUAUAUUUACAAUUUUCUGCUUAAUAUUCUGUUGGAGGCCAACAAGAUUAAGCUGAUUGAAUUAGUGUACUCUACGAUGACUACUAAAGAAAUCCGGCCAGAUGUCUCUACCUUUAACCUUGUGAUUAGUUCUCUUUGUAAAGUUUAUCAAAUGAAGGCGGCUAUUGCGAUGAUGGAGGAGAUGUACAACUAUGAUUUGUCACCGAACGAGGUCACUUUCACCAUCCUGAUGCAAGGCUUCAUUGAGGAGGGUAAUAUGGAUGCUGCACUGAAUGUAAGGACUAGAAUGUCGGAAUUGGGAUGCUCUCCGACCAAUGUCACAGUUAAUGUCUUGAUAAAUGGGUACUGUAAACAGGGAAAACUAGUAGAAGCUCUUGUGUUUUUGCAAGAGGAGUACGCCGAGGGCUUUCGGCCUGAUAAUUUCACAUUUAAUACUCUGGUUAAUGGAUUAUGCCAAGCUGGACGUAUGGCUGAUGCUCUGGAAAUUCUAGAUGUGAUGCUUCAAGAAGGGUACGAUCCUGACAUUGUAACUUAUAAUACGGUAAUUGGAUGGUUGUGUAAGAUGGGAGAGACAAAAGAAGCUAUGGCUAUCUUGGAUCAGAUGGUGAGGAGAGAAUGCUUACCAAAUAAGGUUACUUACAAUACUUUAAUAAGCACAUUAUGCGCAGAGAAUCGACUUGAAGAGGCAAUGGAAUUUGCUCGAGAACUCCCUCUUAGAGGCCUUUUACCAGAUGCAUAUACUUUCAAUGCUUUGAUCAGUGGUCUCUGUAAGGCUGGCAAUCUCGAAGUUGCUUUGCAGAUGCUCGAGGAGAUGAAAAAUAGUGGAUGCCCUCCGGAUAAAUAUUCUUACAAUAUACUGAUUGACCACCUUUGUUCGAUCGGGAAGUUAGGGAAGGCUUUAGCAUUGCUGAAGGAAAUGGAGGCAAAUGGCUGCUCGAGAAGUGUUGUGACAUACAAUACAGUCAUUGAUGGCCUUUGCAAGAACAGGAGAAUCGAGGAAGCUGAAGAUUUAUUUCACGAUAUGGAGAUACAAGGUGUCGCGAGGAAUUCGGUGACCUUUAAUACCAUCAUUGAGGGCUUAUGCAAGAAUGAUAAGGUUGAUGAAGCGACAGAGCUUAUGGAUCAGAUGAUACUUGAAGGACUGAAACCUGAUAAGCUCACUUACAAUUCAUUGCUCAGACAUCAUUGCAAGCAUGGGAAUAUAAAGAAAGCAGCAGAUGUUGUUCAAACUAUGAUAUCAAAUGGAUGCGAACCUGAUAUUGUUACAUACGGAACUCUAAUAUGGGGUCUUUGCAAAGCAGGUAGAACACAAGUUGCCUAUAAGCUUCUUAGAUCUUUACCGAUGAAAGGAAUGCUUCCGACUCCAAAAACAUACAAUCCUGUGAUCCAAGCGCUCUUUAAGCAACGGCAAACGAGGGAAGCCCUCAGACUCUUCAGGGAGAUGAUAGAGAAGGCUGAACCACCAGAUGCUAUAACAUAUGAUAUAGCCUUCCGCGGUUUGUGUUGUGGAGGAGGACCGAUUGGAGAAGCCACUGAAUUCCUGGUGGAGAUGACGGAGAAGGGAUUUUUGCCAGAAUCGUCUGCAUUUUCAAUGCUUGCUGAAGGUCUUAUUACUCUAGGCAUGGAGCAGAGACUUAACAGGCUUGUUGAACUGGUCAUGGAAAAGGCCGGUUUCAGCGAGAAUGAGUUUGCAAUGGUAAAAGGCUUUCUCAAAAUUCGCAAAUUUCAUGAUGCUCUGACUAACUUUUAUCGAACGCUGCAUAGCCGAAGGCUUGCAAAAGGUUAUAGGAAGUAGUUGUCUUCAACACGAUCUACAAAGUUGUGACUCUGAAAACACCUUGAAAGAUUGAGCUCAUCAACAGGGUUCUACAAAGUUGCGACUCUGAAACACCUCGAAAGAUUGAGCUCUCCUUUCUGAAUGUUUCAAAAUCUGAGAACAAACCAUGCCUAUCGGUAUAUUGAUUAUGAGAGAGGUGAGUCUUGGUGUUUGAGAAAAACAUAUCGAAUGAUACAGACUGCAAAGGCAGUGAUGCUGCUAAACUUGCCUGUGCAGUUGGUUUGAUCCAAAUAUUGCUAUGCAGUAAAAUACAGGCAUUUAUACUUCCAUCGAUCCUACUCGAGCUAUUUUUGUCUCAAAUUUUAA